AUGAGCCGAUAUGCAGCGAGAAAGCGUUUCAACAACAGCGGGCACGGGAAACAUACAUCCGGUCAGACGGACCUCUAUGACGUAUCAGUAUGGGUGACGACACAGUCACGUGGUGUAUACCGCGAGGAAACUAAACAACCAAAGAAAAAGAGUAACCGAUCAAAAGAGGUCGGCAUCCUCUUUGGCGGCUCGCUCAUCAUGCAAACAGUUAUUGGUCCCGGGAUUUUUACCUCACCUAAGGGCGUGACAGAGGCGGCGGGGUCUGUAGGACUUAACUUGGUGAUAUGGGCAUUGUGUGGAAUAUUCACUACCAUGGCUGCCUUGUGCUUUGCUGAGAUGCAAAUCUUUGUGAAGCGGGACGGAUGUGAGUACGGAUACAUUCACAAAGCGUUUGGGCCAAUGCCAUCCUUCGUCUACACAUGGAUGAGGAUUGCUGUAGCCGAGCCCAUCACUACCGCCGUGUUCGCCCUAGCAUUUUCUCACUACAUAGCAGACGCCAUCGUUGACAACUGUGGCCCGCCGAAAUUGCUGGAACAAAUGUUGACGGUAACCAUUAUAUUGAGUUUAGCCAUCCUAAACACCUACAGCCUCCGUUUGGCCCGGCAAAUCCAGUCACUAGCAAAUCUCGGCAAGGUCGUCACCAUAGGCAUUAUCAUCGUUACUGGCAUAUACAAUUUGGGAGAAGGGGAAACAGCUGGUUUACAGGAAGGAUUCGAAAACACGGAAACCGACCAUAGCAAGAUCAUCAUUGGGAUCUACAAUUGUCUGUGGGCAUACGGCGGCUGGGCCUAUGUACCCAACGUCACAGCUGCUGUCAGAAAACCCCCGAAAAACCUUCCAAGACUGGUGAAAAUCGUCAUACCCACCGUUAUGCUCAUUUACCUACUCUCUGUGAUGUCAUACUUCACUGUGCUUACGGAGGAGGAAAUGUCGGGAGCUCAUUCUUUUGGUGUUUUAUGGGGCCGAAAAGCUCUUGGAAAAGCAGCGUUCAUUAUUCCUAUUGGUGUUGCAAUGGUGGCUCUUGGAAACGCCAAUAACACAUUUUUGUCUUCAGGCAGACUAUCACAGUUCUCCGUUCAUGAUGGCUAUAUACCAGAUGUUUUGUCAUACGUUCACAUAAAAACAAAGGCGCCACUUCCUGCCAUCAUCAUUCGUGCGGUGAGCGGUAUUGUGAUUGCCCUAGCGGUGGAAGUGUCCCUGAUGGUGCGAUUCUGGGUGUUUACUGUUUGGUUAUUCCAUGGUCUAGCCGUGGGUGGUCUGCUCAUAAUGAGGAUUCGAAAACCUCAUUUGGAUAGACCAUACAAGGUCAAUAUCAUCAUCCCCUUCAUAGUGACAUUAGGAUCGAUCUACCUGACUUUGGCACCUUUCAUCGUAAACAAACCACGGCCGGAGUUCAUCUUCUCAUUGUGUCUUGCCGCUCUGUCGAUGAUAUGCUACUUCCCAUUUGUACGCUGGAACUGCAGCGAGAAUAUUAGUGGUGGUAAAUUCACAGACAAGCUCACUGUUUUCCUUCAGUUGUUCUUGAACGUCUCGCCAUUCAUUAAACGGUACAAACGGAGGUUACGUACUAAACGCCGGAACGGACCAGCAACUGUGAGCCCUGUUGUUCCGGAUAGUCCGGUUGUCCAGGAACCUAGUUCUCCAUCUUCGGACAUGCCUUUCUCAGACACCAUGUCCAUUUUCACUAUCGACACUAUUGACGAUCUGGACGAAACGAUGACCGUUGAUGACCGUGAGUCGGUCGCCUCCUUUAAUACAAACUAUUCUUACCGUACUAACUUGUCGUUCCGGACACAGUCUUCAAGUUCCGGAUCGAGACCUCCACCAUAUGAGGAGGCAAUUGAAAUCACAAAACUCUGA